CAAAGCCCAUCGAGUCGUCGACCUGUUCGCCAAGUGCCAACACGUAGCGAGGGGUUGUAACAAACCCGGAAGAAUCCUCCAAGGUCAAGAAUUACCGGUCCUGUGUUGCUGGUAUAAAAAGCCAUGGAAUCUACAGUAGAUACGUCUGCAUCAACAUGAGGUUUCUGCUGUCGUUUUUCCUUGUGGCGUUGACCACGUGGACUGCUCAAGCCCAGUUCCAGGGACCCGUCUGGGCAUCCAUGCUUCGAUGUCUGGGCACCAACUCUGUCUCUCUUCUCAGUGGAGACAGGCUAUGUGCGACUAGAGAAAUGUUCAGGGGUUACCAGACAAUGCGACGGGCUCGCUGCAGGAACUGCGAAAGGUACUUCCACUGCCAAGCAAAUUACAACGCCGUCAAGAACUGCAAUAAGUCUCAGGCAGCUAAGGACGCCGCAAAGGAAAUCAGCGACUGUCGCGAAAACGUUAGCGGUGAGAGUUGGAAGUACGAGGAAGCUACAAGACACGGCAGAGACCAACACGACUGCGGUGACAAAUUUCUCCGAGCUGUAGAUUGUACCUAUAACCCCAGCAGUCGUAGGUGUGGUUGGAGAUGGCCUCCAGUAGAGUACGCGGCUUAUGGGAAUGAUACUGACCUUGGAACCGAGGAAACUACGACGGUUGUAUAACAAAAUAAAAAUUUAUUUAUUUGCCCGGUA